AUGGUUCGUCUUUUUGUGCCUCCGGGUGCAGGUCUCCAUCCAGCCAUACGCGAACAAGAAGAACCUUUUUGCGCAAACGAACUAACUGCAACUAUCUUGUUGCCGCCGAUAAUUGCUACUACUCUCCUUCUGGGUCGAACUAUUAUUAAAAGACCAUUGCUGAGUUUGCCGACAAAAUCUGCGUACUUCUUCACUAGAGCAGGUCUUGGUACAGUCAUUAGCGUACCUACGAUGGUUUACUUGACGCACCGUGAACGUCAGCUGGAUGAAAUGAUCCUUCGCUACGAAGGCAUUACCCCGCCAAAAUACCAGUUGUGGCAGAGCAGCCACGGCUUCACGGGCGAUGAUGCUAUGCUUGCCGGAGGAAUUGCAGGCCUACUCAUUUCCUUUAGGAUGAAGGGUUUGAAUAGUAUUUCAGUUGGAAAACGUCUGCUUGGAAGGCUCGGAGCCGUCUCUACAGGAACGUGGGCCGGGUUAUUGGCUUUUCCAUUCCUGGGACUGAAUAUGGAUCAACACAUGCCAUCCAUACAAAGGUCUCGUUACGAGGAGGCUGUGGCUUUGCGUAGACUUAACGACGACCCGAAGUUCAACAAGUCUUUAGUCCAUGUUCCCAUGCUUGCAGAGCGACACUGGAAGCGAACGGUUAUGGCUGAACAGGAAGCAAUGUCAUUCGCCUCCUUGACAAAGGAGGAGAAGGCUGUGUUGCGCCCCCACAUGGCGUUCAGUUGGCUGGAUACUGCCAGUCACAAGUUUGUGACUACUAUGAUAAAGAAUGGCCAUCGCGUGGAAUGGAGAUUUCCAAGGGAUGCAUCACCAGCGCAGAAGAGAGACUAUAUCCUCAGAGAAGUCGAAUGCGUCGCAGCAAUGUUCAGGCCAUUUUCGCUCGAUCACAGUGAGGAAUAUAUCAUUCUAAACCACAUAUUGUUCGAUUUGAUAUCUGGACUACCUGAAACAGAAGAUGGGGAGCAUCAGAAGCAGUUUUAUAUGCACGAUUGGCUGAGCUUAGUCGAUGUGGCAAGGGGAGAGACUCACGUUCCAGUAGAGACUGUGGAACAACUGCACAAUUACAAGAACGGGCUUCUAGAGCAGGAAAAAUUCAAACAUGCUGCAGCAGCAGAAGCACUUAUACGGGACUUUGAAGAGCGUGCAUUGCGGAACAAGUAA